AUGAGCAGUAGGCGAGAUCAAUAUAAAGAUGCACAAAAACAUGGUGGGGAUAUUGAUGGGUCACGCAGACGACAAAGAGAAGCAGCUACGAGUCUCCGGAAAGAUAAGAGGCACGCACAGCUGGCACGGAAGCGUAUGCGCGAUGUGUUGAAUUUAGGUGGAAAUAUUGAGAAGAGGGACUCGGUCAGUGAUAUCGAUAUUCCACAAUUGGUGAAACAUAUGAGCCAAUUCAAUAGUACAGAAGAGUGUUUAAAUGCUGUUCGGCAAUUAAGAGAAUCAACUGGAGUGAACCAAAAUAUAAUAGAUAGUUUGUUGCAAUGCGAAGGUGCUGUGGACACUCUGAGACAACUUCUAGCGGUCAGCAAUUCUUCGAUUCAACUCGAAGGUGAGUUUGUGGUAUAA